GCGGAGGGCGGAGCAGCACCUGAGGGAGAGCGGAGCGCAGUCGCAGUGUGACGCCGUCACUCCCAGUCACGCACACCGGGAGAGCGCAGGCCGGGUUUAGCCGCAGCAGAGGAGCAGGACGCGAUCAGCCACGGUUUAAUCAUGGAUUAUGUCAUCUGUCCAUAUAAUACUGGGCACAAGGUUCAUGGCACCGAGUUGAGAAUGCACCUGAUGACCUGCCAGAGCAAACCUGUUAAGGAGAAAGAGAAUCUGGCAGGUCAGCAGCCUACAAAAAAGAAAACAAAGUGGGUAGCCCUCUCUCUUAAAAGGGAAGAGGAGGAAGAAGAAAGGAGAUUGGAGCCUGAGAAUCAAGUCUUUGACCCACAAGAUCCAGACAGACUCUUGCAGUGUCCGUAUGAUUCAAACCAUCAAAUACGAGCUUGUCGUUUCCCUUAUCACCUGAUAAAGUGCAAGAAGAAUCAUCUUGACCUUGUCAAUCAGUUUGUCACCUGCCCUUUCAAUGCCCGCCAUAUGGUACCUCGGGGAGAGUUGAGUUUCCAUAUUUCCAGAUGUGACGACAAAGGCUGCAUUGAGCAAGACAUUGUUGAUGAAAAGAGCAUGUACAAGAGAGAUGUGAGCCCAAGUCGUUGGAACUCUCCACCAUGUAAUGAGGACUGGGACGAAGAUUUGCAGAGUGAAAGGUCUACAUUUGUGUGGGGGAUACCAUCCUACCCCGUGCCCAGUUCUAAGUUUGGGACUUUAAUGGAUCCGAAAAAUAGUCUUGGUUCUAAUUUACGUGCUCCUAAGUCUCUUCCGUAUGUGCUGCCAUGGCAAAUGAAUAAGUCAUGACUGGGUAUUUGGAACCUUGCACUUUACAGAUGUAUUUGAGGACCAUGUUGAUCUUCCCCUGGUACUUUCAGUUGCCGUUAAUCAAACUUUUCGUUUAGUGUUAAUAGUCAAGUGAGGUCACAGUGUUUCAGAGGAAGAUCCAGUGUUGUACCGGGCUUUGCCUUAAUCAUUGAAGAUCUUAACGUUUCUCUGAAGGACCCCAUUGCUUGCUAGUGAACGAGCUGGUCACUGAGGGCCAUGUUAACAAGUAGAGCAGUUUAUAAGUUUUAAUUACUAGUGUUGCAUUAAAUGCAUUCAAAGAGCUCUGUCCUUCAUAAAUGUGUUAAUAGUCAUUAUUUAAAUGUUUAAAAAAGUGAGUGCAGUUAUGUUCCUUCUAAUUAUCAAACCAUAUUCAUAGAUUACAUUCAGAUUUGCUCCAAAGCAAAGACAUUUGUGCAAUAUGUUUUGGUGUUUUUUGAGGGGAGUUAAAUUACAUCAACUUGCUAAAUAUCUGUAAGUUUACUUCCAUUAGCCCAUUCUUGUGCGUGUUUGCAGUACAAUCUUGUUUGUAGCUUGUAAAUAGCCGUUCUCCUACUAAUCGUAUACCAUAUCCAAAUACUUGAUGGUUUAUGUAGGCAAGGCAACAAGUUAUUUUUUUGAGUGGGCAAAUUUGUUUUUUUCUGGUCAGCUAUUAAAAAUCGUGAUUGUCUGGAACUUUAAUGUAUAGUGAGUGGACCGUUGUUCAAAUAAUGAUGCUUGGAAAAAUAAGAGAUUCAGUUUUUCACAAUGUUCAGAUGCAUACAUCACAGUACAAAACAGUAGCAUCACUAUUCUUCAUGUGCACAUCUAUGGGUGGGGAGAGAGAUUAGGUAUGUCCUUAGCUGCAAAUGGGUUUCACUCAAGUGCCCAUCUCUAAAGCUGGCUACACACUAAUAAAAAUAUUGGCAGGUGUGUGCACCCGAUAUGUCUGUGAACAAUGUCGUUCAGACAUAACUGGUCGCCCGUGCAGCAUAACCAAUGCUAAUAUAUUGGCAUGUCUGGCUGACCUGCCAACUGCCCAUACAUGGACUGACAUCUCUGCUGGAUGGACAAAUUUAAAUGCCCGCCCAGUUGAGUAAACAUAUUGAGCGGCCAAUUGGUAAGUGUGUUGCUUAGAUAAAGACUAGUGUGCCGGCACUAAAGAUUUAGGCAAAGGUAAUUUAUGUAUACGGAGCGCUUGUAGGAUGUACAAAUGUGCCCUCUUGUGUCCUUGCCAUCGCAGCAAAGACAGUGCGGCAUAGCAGCUGUGCCAUAGAAAUGAAUGGGAGUUGGCAUGCGCCCGCCUCCCACUUCAAAGGGACACCACAGCGAUGCGAAGAAGCGCAUCAUGCCACUCUGAGUUCACAUUGUGGUCCCGCUACAGCUUGCUGCUAGAAGCAGCAAAGCUAUAGCAGGACACAUUGAACGCAAGUACAUAAAAAUGGUUAAAGAUUUAUAGCUUAAUGAGCAAUGUAUGCUAUGUUUACAGCUCUUUAUGCAAAUACUUGUUGUUCUUACAUCUGCUUUCCCGGCUGGUGCCUGCUGUAUCGGAGUACAUGUUUGGCUGGUGCUCUGACUGUUGGCUGGGCAUUUCUGUGGAAGAUGAGGCUACACAUUGCUGGACAUGCGGUCGCUCAUCCCUUGUGCACACACAUAAAGGAAAGGAUGUUGGUGGGGUCCUGGUUCCUUAACAAAAUGCAUUAGUAUGAAACGUGUUAGAUAGCUUGCAGCAAAACCGGAAGUUCAGGUGUGACGUCCUAAUUGGGCACAGACGGUCUGACGUGUGCUCCAACACAGUAGGGAGCAGCUGGUAAACUAGAAGGAAGGACGCCGUGGUCAAGAAAGGCAGCAAUAGGGCAAGUUGGCUUAGGACCUACCAAGUACCUAGCAUCUCUCCUGAAGCAACUCUUCAGGAACCCAGCAUAUAAAUGAACCAUUACGGAUUACUGGGACAUUUUGCAGAAAGAGCUGUAAACAUAGAGUACAUUGCUCAUUAUGCUAUAUAUCCCUUUAUUUUUAUUUUUUUAGCAGUUUUUAUAUUUAGAUAUGUGUUCAUAGUUCUAUUACAUCCUACAAGCACUCUGUAUACAUAUGCUUACCAAUCAGCCAAUAUGUUAGCAGAUUUGUUGGCUUAGUAUGUAACCAGCCUAAUGCUGGGCACACACUAGGUGAUUCGCUCCAUGAACGAUAUUGCCUAGUUUUUCCCCUACCCUCCUGGACAGCUGAUAUAGUGCGUGCAUACUGAAUGAUGUCGCUACAGAUAUCGUUCAGUGAUGUCAUGCCACAGCCAGCCUGAACAUGCAGUUUUGAACGAUAAGUCCAGAUUGACCUGCAUGCACAGGCGAUGGAGGGAGCUAAUAACUGUGCAGGAGAGCGCAUCGUUCAUCAGUCGUUACGUACACUGGCAAAUAUUUUAAACAAUAUCACUUACAUGGGUGAAAAUGAACGAUGUCGUCUAAAAGUUUGCCUAGUGUGUAGCCAGUAUAAGACUUUAAUUCCUCCCCUAAAUGGUUUACAAUUGAACCAAAAGAUCAUCUUUACAAUUGAUUAUUCUAAGGGGUUUAUUCAAUUGAAGUCGAAAGCUGCCAUCUGUCGAAAAAACUUAAGUUUUUGACUUUUUUAGGUCGGAAGGGGUUCCGACCUAUUCAAUAUAACCCAAAAUUAUUCGACAAGUCGAGGAAUGCGACUUGUCGAAAAACACAUGGAUCGGUGGAAUAGCUGCUGAUCCACGUGCUUCUGUCGAAAGCGGUUUUGGCCCCCUUUUCGACCAUCUCAAUCCGACUUUAAAAACCGUCGGAUUGAGAUGAGGGAGUUUAGACGAGGAGAUGGGGGAGAGCCGCAGGCAUAUGGGGGAGAGCAGCACUACAGCAGCAGCUUAUAGCAGCGUAACCGGAGGAUGUGUCACAGCUGCCGCGAGCGGCGGCUGUGACACAUCCUUCGGCUACGCUGCUGUAUCGCUGCUCUCCCCCGUCUCAGCUCCUGCAUCUCAAUUCGGCUUUUUUUUAAAGUUGAAUUAAGAUGGCAUUGAAAAGCCCUUGUCGGAUCCAUUCUGACAAAUGAAUGUCGGAGUGGAUCAGACUUCAAUUGAAUAUACUUCUAAAACUCGGCAGGUAUAAAAAACAUUUUUGUAGCUCAAGUAAAAGCUAAAUGUAUAGUAAUACACAUAAGCUUUUCUGUUUUAUUCAUGUUACUGAAAAUUCAUAAGUAACUUGUUUAAGGACCAAGAUAUAUUGUAGAUGCAGAUUAUCUGCGGGUUAUUUCUGUUAAGCAUGGGAAACUGUAUGCUUAUCAUACAUAGAUAUCCUACUCUGAUAAUGAUCACACAUUAAAUAAGAUGGGAUACUUUUCUUUUUUUUCUGGUGACGGAGAAACAUUUUCUAUAUUAUUGCUUCCUAACAGGUUUGUACUGCCAUUUGAAGUACUGUACCACACUUCAACAUAUGUUAGCCUUUUCUAUAUGUUAUUCAACCCAUCCCAAGUUAUACCAGUGUCAAGUUUUGAAGUCUGUCACCUUAGAUGAAACAAAUGUAAAUUGUUUAAAAAGAAAAACUAAUUUUUCAAAAUUUAACAUGUUACUAUUUUGAAUUAGACUGAAGUUAAGAUCCGAAAACUUCUGGAAAAUGUUUCUUCCUGUUAAAAAAUAAAUAAAAAUAAAGUUUUGUUUCAUUUUG